AUGACUUCUUUUUUGUUCGCAAUCAUAAUGUUUCAAAGUUGACAAAAAUAUUCAUCUUCCUCCUUUCUCUAUCGUUAGUCAAAAUGGCACCUACUGUGGAUGAACUCCGCGCACAGUAUACGGAUAGUCUCAUGUCCGUUGCUCAAAGCAUGCGGGAAGCUGCCCAAGCGGCUGAAGAAUUCGCGAAAGCGAUCGGUACCCCUUCCUUGAUCAAUGGUCACACAAAGGGGAAAGGCAAAACAGGCGACGAAGAGGUGAUAAAUGGAAAGCGCAAACGAGUCAAGAAAGAUCCCAAUGCACCGAAGCGACCUGCCUCUUCGUUCUUCCUGUUCCAGAACCAGAUUCGACAAAAAGUAAAGGAGCAACACCCGGAUCUUCCUACUGCCGAACUUCGUAAACUCAUGUCCGAACAAUGGAGUACUCUUCCUGAGGAUCAGAAAAACCACUAUAAACAGCUGGCCGAAGAACUGAAGGUUGUGUACAGCGAGGAGAAGGAAAAAUACAAUGCUCGAUCUCCUGAACAAGUUGCCGCAGCAGACGCUGUUGUAGCUGCCGCCGCCGCUACCAAAAAAGCACCGAAAUCUAGAAAGCCCACCGCUACGGACGCCCCUGUCGUUGCGAAAAAACCCGUCAUUCCGCCUGUCUAUGGAUCGGAUGAGUCGGACAACGAAUCCUCUGAAGACGACAAGGUGAAACUGAAAACCGGCAAGCCCACCAAAAACGCGCCUGCUCCUCCGCGCAAGGGGCAGAAAAGCGAGCCGUUCGUUCCUGAUAGCGACGAAGACGAUGAAGAGGAAGAUGAAGAUGAAAGUGAUCAGGUCAAGCAAAGUAGUGACGAGGAAGAGGAGGAAGAGGAGGAGGAGCAACCUCCAACCAAAAAGUCAAAGACGAAGCAUCACGAUAAACCUGUGUCGAGGCGCAAGUGAGCUCCCCGUUCCGUCAGGUUGAUGUUGUUCAUAACUUUUGUCGUUCAUAACUCUGUUCGUCGAGUGUGUCCCCUGUCAUCCUACUGUCACCAAAAAUUGUAACUUAUCCAUUUCAUGUUUAUUUUAUACGUUAUACAUUUCCCUGACCAGUGACACUUAUCUUAUUUUGGACAUUUCUACCCUUCUGCGACACCUUUCCACUAUUUGAAAUACAUACUGAUUACAGAUCUGCAAAAAGCUCUAUUUAGCCUAUCAUUUUUCAUUAGUCCACUGUUUUGUACAUGUCUUCUAAUUAUUAUGCCCUUGUAUUGUUAACCAGAAUCAGUGCUGAAAGUCAG